GCGUGGGACUUGUGACAGACUGUGGACAGUUCGACAAAUUAUUUUUGUUAUCGGCUGGUGUUCUGGUGCAAAGUUUUUGGUUUAGAUUUUAAAAAAUUGUUCAACGAUGCCACCCAAAAAGGAUGCGAAAGGAGGAGCAAAAGCCGCUCCGGCCAAGGGAGGAGCAGGUGGAAAGAAAGGAGGUGCAGGAGAUGAAGCCGGUGGAAAGGAAAAGAAGGGAGGAAGCGCAGUAAAGGUCCGCCACAUUCUGUGUGAAAAGCAGGGCAAAAUCCUAGAGGCCCUGGAGAAACUGAAAGAGGGUCAAAGUUUCAACGUGGUUGCAACCAACUACAGUGAAGACAAAGCUCGACAGGGUGGCGAUCUGGGAUGGCAAAUCCGAGGAGCAAUGGUGGGACCAUUCCAGGAUGCAGCCUUUGCCCUGCCCAUUUCAACGAUAAAUGCUCCAAAAUACACGGAUCCACCGAUUAAAACCAAAUUCGGCUAUCAUAUUAUCAUGGUUGAGGGAAAGAAAUAACUUGUAAGGUUUGAGUAUCAUGUUUAUUCUGUAACUUUAAUAAAUUUAAUGAUUUAUAUCCCGGAA